AUGCAAGAAGUUGAGAGCAAUUAUGAAAAUGGUGAAGCGGAAGAAACAACUGUGCCGGGCAUGGCACUUAUGGAGAUAGACGGUCAGCAAAAACAAUUUUCUCAAUUCUUUCCCGAAAUGUUAGUCUUAAUCAUAGCCACAUGGGAAGAUAUUCCUCAAACCCAAGUUGUUCUUCACGAGGAUAAGAAAUAUUACCCGAGCGCCGAGGAGAUCUAUGGGCCCGAAGUAGAAACUUUGGUUCAGGAAGAGGACACUCAACCUUUAUCUGAACCUAUCAUUCAACCAAUUAAGAUUAAAAAAUUUCAAAUUCAAGAGAAAGGUCUUCCGGAAACAAGAUUCAAGAAAGAGUUCUUAGUAGAUAUGAUGAAUUUUCCGGAAUUAAUUAGGAAUAUCGCCAUCAUAGGUCAUUUACACCAUGGCAAAACCUCCUUUGUCGACAUGCUGGUCAAUGAGACACAUUCAUCCGUCGCAUGGGAUGUAGAUAAACAGGAGCGUUAUACGGAUACCCAUACGCUCGAGAGAGAUAGAGGCGUUAGCAUUAAGACCAUGCCGAUGACUCUCGUUUUACAAGACACAAAACCAAAAUCAUAUCUUUUUAAUAUAUUGGACACUCCAGGACACGUCGACUUUGUGGACGAAGUUACCGCGGCACUUCGACUGUCAGACGGCGCGGUAAUAAUAGUAGACGCGAUCGAAGGGGUACAACUUGAUAUAAUGUUCUCUACAUCUAUAUUAGCGUUAUUCUUCUUGCGUUAA